GAGUCGAAUCGUUCGCGUGCGGAACAUCAUUACCGGCCAGUAAAAAUCCCGCACCGUGUGCAGGCUUCACGAGACCGCAGACUCAGCAGUGCAAUUAGCAGGGCGGGCAUACGAGCGCCUUUACGCAUUAUAUUUCCCAGGUUUCUUAUUUGCAUUCAUGCUUAAACGUUAACGGUGUGCACGUGAGUGGAUGUUUGGGUUGAUCUUCGCCUCUAGCCGUAUGCGUUGCAAAGAGACUGAGGCGCGCCUGUGAAAAGGCGAUGGCGGACGGAGCGCGCGGCACGGAGGUCUCGCGCGCCGUGAAGCGACGAUGACGGCAGCGCGGAGCUCGAGCGAACGCGGCGGAAGAGGAGUUGCAGACGGUGAUGGAGAGGGAAGCGCGAGAGCGUCCCAGGAGCAGGCCGGCGCCGCGCACCUCAGCCUCGGCGUGCUGGAGUCGGUCGCCACCGUGGGUACAGGCACCUUCGGUCGAGUGGUGCUGGUGCAGGAUCGCAAAACCAAGGGCUAUUUUGCAUUAAAGUCCAUGAAAAUUGUGGAUUUGAUCCGACUGAAACAGCAGCAACAUGUUCACAACGAGAAAGAAGUCCUUAUGGAAGUCAAUCACCCUUUUAUCGUCAAACUGUUCUGGACGUGGCAUGAUGAUCGGUGUCUCUUCAUGCUGAUGGAGUUUGUGCCUGGCGGUGAGCUCUUCAGCUAUCUGCGCAGUCGCGGAAAGUUCAGUAACGACACAGGUCUGUUCUUCGCAUCAGAAAUCGUUUGUGCACUGGAGUACCUUCACUCCAAAGACAUCGUGUAUAGAGACCUGAAACCGGAGAACAUCCUGCUGGACCGCGAAGGCCACGUCAAACUCACCGACUUCGGAUUUGCCAAGAAGGUGGUAGACAGAACAUGUACAUUAUGCGGAACUCCAGAGUAUCUGGCGCCCGAGAUUAUCCAGGGUAAAGGUCAUGGCCUGGCGGUGGACUGGUGGGCUCUGGGCGUGCUAAUUUUUGAAAUGCUGUCUGGGUAUCCCCCGUUUUUUGAUGAUAACCCCUUCGGGAUUUACCAGAAGGUUCUCUCGGCCAAGCUGAACAUCCCUCGGCAGCUGGACUUCCACGUGAAAGACCUCAUCAAGAAGCUGCUCGUCGUCGAUAAAACAAAGAGACUUGGAAAUCUGAGAGGAGGUGCGGAGGACGUGAAGAGCCACAAGUGGUUUCGAUCUGUAGAAUGGGACGUCGUACCUCAGAGAAAACUGAAGUCAGCCAAUCAUCAUUCCCGAAGUCACGCAUGAGGGCGAUCCAUCGAAUUUCGAGGCUUAUCCUGAAGAAAAGCGCAAAAAAGAACCUGCCGUUUCCCCACGGGACCUGGAGAUUUUUAAGAACUUUUGAAUACAAACAGGAAUAUUGAUACUUAUUUAUGUCUUUUGCAUCUUUUCACUAAGGGCAUGUGCCGAUAAUCGCUGAUACGAUGCGUCUCGCAGUGUCGAACAUGAGCACAGCAGCGUUACUGCAAAGUACUCCUUUCUGGAUUUCUCCUCUUUAGUAGGCAACGGUUAUGGAUGGUGUUUGAGCAAAACUUGGAACUACAGUCAAGUUUGACCAACAUGGUGGACACCGGGGAUAAUGUUUACUGGUCUAGACGAACUGCUCGUCUCUUCACUUACUUCCUCUCUACUGUCUCAAUAAUAGUUCAAUUCUACACAAACCCUGAACUGCAAGGCAUGAAAAAGUUCUACAUCUUUCUUCUGAUUGACCUUCUCAAGUUAUUGUCCAGUUCAUUUCUCAUCAAUUCAGUACCUCAGCUUGUUAUUAUGACUUAAUAACUUUGUGACUUUCAACUUGAAUAUUUUGAGUUAUCUCAUAACCUCAUUAUUUUUGACGGAACUCUCUAGUAAAAUAAUGAGUUAUUAAAUAUUAGAAAUUACACAAGGCAAAACAUCACAGUUCAGCUUGUGUAACAUCCUGGUCUGUAGGUUACCAGGAUUGGUUGUCAUGGUUACAGUUUUCCGGAGGUGUUUCUUCACAGCUUUGUUCUAGCAGGUAAACAUGCAGUGGCAUCUCUAUAGUGAGAUAUGUAGCAACUUUUCACAAGUACAUUACAAUGAAAUAUCGUGAACUUGGGCGAGAUGAAAACUGGGUAUCGGCACAUGUCUGUUUCUCACUUGGUCUUGUUCUCUUGUGUCAUGUGUAGCCUUGUAUCGUAGCUAUUAUCUAUGCACUUUGUUAGAUGUUUUUGUUUGUUAUGCAAAAUGCACAUAACCUUUAGCGCAAGUUAUUCCAAAUGUACCUGUCUCUUCUCUGGGAAUGAUUAUGCAACUUAUUUUAACGAUCUAUGCAGAUCCAUUUGUUUAAGUCGAUACGAUUUGAUCUGUCUGGAAGUGAUCGUGUCUCCAGCUGUAACUGUAUAUGUAUGAUGCUAAUGGAACUAACGUUAUAGGUACCCUUUGUUUGAUGUGAUGAGAUGCUCGAUUAUGGAAUAAAUAACAUUU